AUGCUUCAACUCCAGAAGUCCGCCACCCUGGACGCGACAGAAGAUGAGGAUGGAGAAGAGGAUGAUGAGGAUAUGGAUGAAGAUGAUGUAUGGGACAAUGAGCAGGGCACUAAAAAAAACGACGAUAAAGAAGCUACACAGGUUUAUAUCUCUUCUGAAGAAGAAGAGAGUGAGGAAGAUCAUGUUAAAGAUAUAGAUGACGAUGGAGAAGAGGAAGAUGAGGAUAUGGAUGCAGUUGAUGUUGGUAACGAUGAGCCUAGCACUGAGGAAGAUGAGGAUGAAGAAAGUGAUAAUGAGGAGGAUGAGACUGUGCCUGCUGUUGCCUCUAACCAUACUGGCAGCAAUGGUAUCAAAGACAGAGUAACAAGUACAAUUCCAACACCUGGAAAACAUGCAUUACAGAUGAAAGAGGUAAAGGGUAUUGUUAACAUCCCUCCUGAGAAGAGUACACAUCAUCCUGACAUGCCAAGAUCUGAAGUCAUUGGAAAUAACAGAGAUGUGGCACAAAACACAACAAUCAAACAGCUGAAUGUUAAGAAAGAACCUGAAGAGAAACUGAAGAAGACAACAACAAGCACAAUUUCAAUACCUGGGAAACUUGCCCUGAAGAUUAAAGAAGUUUAUGGUAUCCUUAAUAGCCUUCCUGAGACAACUAGACAUCAUCCUGACACGACAAGAUCUGAAGUCAGUGGAAAUAACAGAGAUGUGGCAACAAACACAGCAAUCAAACAGCUGAAUGUUAAGAAAGAACCCCAAGAGGAACUGAAACACAAGGAAGAUAGUGUUAAAGAUCAAGAUGAAGAUGAAGAUGAAGAACAAGAAGAUGAGCAUAUGGAUGAAGAUGUUGUUGGUGAUGAUGAGCCUAGCACUGAGGAAGAUGAGGAUGAAGAAAGUGAUAAUGAUGAGAAUGAGACUGUGCCUGCUGCUGCCUCUAACCAUACUGGCAGCAAUGGUAUCAAAGGCACAGUAACAAGUGCAAUUCCAACGCCUGGAAAACAUGCAUUACAGAUGAAAGAGGUAAAGGGAUCUGAUGUCAGUGGAAACCAGUGA